AUGCCGAGUGCGCAGAACCUUAGCCUCUGUCUGCAAAAGCAGUGUCUUUGGCUGGCCUUCCUGCUCCUCCAUUUCUUGGGACAGGUGGCUGCGGCUCAGCGAUGUCCGUCUCCGUGUCCACACCAGUGUCCUUCCACACCUCCAACCUGCGCCCCUGGGGUGCGCGCGGUGCUUGACGGCUGCUCCUGCUGCCUCGUGUGCGCGCGUCAGCGCGGUGAGAGCUGCUCGGAGCUGCAACCCUGCGACCAGAGCAGUGGUCUCUACUGUGACCGCAGCGCAGACCCCAGCAACCAGACAGGCAUCUGCAUGGUGCUAGAAGGAGAUAACUGUGUGUUCGAUGGAGUCAUUUAUCGCAGUGGAGAGAAGUUCCAGCCAAACUGCCAAUACCUCUGCACCUGCAGAGAUGGGCAGAUUGGCUGUGUACCCCGCUGUCAGCUCGAUGUGCUACUGCCACAUCCUGACUGCCCAGCUCCAAGGAAAGUUGCAGUGCCUGGGGAGUGCUGUGAAAAGUGGACGUGUGAUCCAGAUGAAAAGAGAACAUUGGGAGGCAUUACCCUUCCAGCCUACAGACCUGAAGCUACCCUGGGAAUUGAAGUUCCUGAUUCAAGUGUCAACUGCAUUGAACAGACCACCGAGUGGAGUGCAUGUUCCAAGACAUGUGGCAUGGGUUUUUCCACCCGGGUCACCAACCGGAAUCGUCAGUGUGAGAUGGUGAAGCAGACUCGGCUCUGCAUGGUGCGACCCUGUGAGCAAGAGCUGGAGCAACCAACAGACAAGAAAGGAAAAAGGUGUCUUCGCACCAGGAAAUCACUCACAGCCAUGCACCUGCAGUUCAAGAACUGCACCAGCCUACACACCUACAAGCCCAGAUUCUGUGGGGUCUGCAGUGAUGGACGAUGCUGCACGCCUCACAACACUAAAACUAUUCAGGUGGAGUUCCAGUGCUCCCAAGGGCAGAUCAAGAGACCCGUGAUGGUCAUUGGGACCUGUACCUGUCACACCAACUGUCCUCAGAACAAUGAGGCUGUCCUCCAGGUUCAGGAGCCUGAGACUAGCAGAGAAGAAAUGUAACACAUCCCUGAAGAAGCACAGUCACAGAAGCAAACUGUAGCUACUGCAUCAACACCAAGAAAUGAAUAUAAGAAAAAUAAUGACUCAUCCUUAUUUCAUCUUUGACUCCUAGGUAUUUUUCUGUGACCAUAUGAGUAAUUUAUAGCUUCUUUUUUUUUUAAGCAGAUAUUCCAACUAUAAGCUUGGAAUCAAACUAAGCUCAGGAGAUGGCUUAGAGAUGACUUAAUUUCCUAUGGUGUUUAUUACAAAUGCAAAUUUUCUAAAUUUAGGACGUAAGAUAAAUGCUUUACUUUGUAGAUUGGACCACAUUGCACUCAUCUUAAUUUGUUGUGCAUAGUGCAAUUCCAAGAAAACAUCCCUGUAAUGAAUGACAUGGAGAAACUUGAGUCAUAACAAAUCUAUCUUCAUAGAAGCAUUUCAUCAUUUAUUGGGGUUUGAAUUAUGAGUUCUUUAUUGGGCUCCCUUCUUAGGGUAAGACAACUCUGAACUUCCCAGCCCAAGAUCCAAGGAAACACAUAACUCUUCAACAGGAACUCCAGAGGCAAUUCGUUUUCUGUUUAGUUGUAUACUAAGAAACAUGCUGUACCUACAAUAAUGAAAUGUUUGUUAAGGGUGGAUUGGUAUCAAACUUGCUCCACUUCAGGCUAACUGACUCCUUUCCAAUAGAAAGAAGCAGAACAGAAAACUCCCAAUACUGCAGUGACUGGGCCCUCGUGGGCCUCAGACAUCUGGAUGCUGGAGUCCGCUGAGGCUCACUAGUGUUUAACUCAGCAGAAGCAAGAAUAGAGGAGCGGGGACCGUGUCAUCAGUAAAUAAACUGAGCAGACUAAGAUGAUAAGUCAAGGCCUAAAGCAAUGAUUGCAACCGCAAAUGUUUUUCAAAUGUACAAUAGUACAAUUUUAAUAAAGAACAAAAUCAACAUGACUGUGGUGCGAUAGGCUACACAUUUAUGAGAGUUUAGAAUUAUUAUGUACAUGUCCCAAAGUUAUCCUUAGGCUAUAAUUAUGGAUACCCAUAAGUAAGAAAUAUGCAUAUACACAAAUGAAUCUAAUUGGCCAGAUUAAAAAACAGGUUGUGGAAUUCAAGGUAGAUAUUCUUCUAAUGUCACCAAGAGGAUUUCCACUUUUUAAAAGUAUUUAUAAAAAUGUAAAUUAUACAAUAUGUAAAAUAUUCUUUUUAAUUUCAACAUGUCAAACAUGACUAAAUAAACAUGUU